CCCAAGAAGAAGAGACGCAAGACUGUCAAGAUACCGGACAAGGACAAGAAAUACCAAUGUGCGCAGCCACACUGCGGCAAGCGGUACUCUCGCGCCGAGCACCUGUCUCGGCACAAUCUGAAUCACAUGCCCAAGCAGAUGUACUACUGCGAACAUCCAGGAUGCAAGCGAGAAUUCGUACGAGCGGACCUUCGAGCUCGGCACCAGGAUCGACACACGCAAAUAGGUUCGCAUUUGCAGCGCAAAGAAGAAUUCAGGAACAGAAGCGCCAAUCAAGAUGAAUCGGCUUCCCCCACUCUCAGUGCGAGCACGGCAACAACCUCGCCCGUUGAGGUCAAACAACAGACCUUCACACCUUCCGCCGAGCAGUAUACCCUUUUGCCCGCCUCGAAGCAACGAAGGUCUCUGCAUGCGAGCACUGGUGCUUCAAGAGAACAGCGCAGACCUGCUACCUCCUCCGACAUGAGUCGUUCUGGCAGUCAAAGCACUUCCGCAAGUAGGACGCAACCGUCGUCGCCUCCAACCAGUCGACGCUUCAGCGUGCACGAGCAGUACUCGAACACUGCAUCGAUGUCCUCGAAUGGCUACGAUCGAAGUCAUCAACUACCCGUGGCCUCGAUGAAUCCACCGCUUGUCCCUCAGUCCCAGCCGACUGGCCCCGUAUACCCUCAAUCAUCGUAUCCGGCAUCGCAGAACGGGCACUAUGCCACGAUCCUCAACUAUCCGAUGCAAUCGUCAAUGCCAUCGCUCCUAGAAUGGCAGCCAUCACCCAGCUACAGUGCAUCGGCCAGCUCUAUGAGUGUCAACAACACGAUGUCACCUCAGAGCAUGGAUCCGAUGAAUCAGUAUGGUGGCCAAGGAGGUUUUGCAGCGCCUAGCGCGGGCAAUCUUGACUUCGAACGGUACAUCAGCGCCGCACGUUUGCCGCUCUUCUCUGACGGAUCACUGGGUGAUGAUUGGACGUAUGAUCAACUCUUCGCCUCUCUUUCAACGGUUUUGGACGACCCGUCGCCGCCUCAUCAAGACAUGUACUACGAGCCGCGUCCUCUCGUGAGCGCCUCCAACUUUACCGCCAGCGGAGCCGCGGCAGAUUCCAAGCCAUCGAUCCCACCCAUGACUGGGGAUCAGAAAUCAACUUACUUCGUUGGAAUGAACCUCGGCAUGCGUGAGGCUCAGUUCUCCGAGACAGCGCAAGCUGGAAUCAUCGCGUUGAUACAAUCUUUCCAAGAGCCGAAGGAUCUCGACCAACGAAGGAUUAAAGAAUCACUCCUCCAUGGCGAUACGGCAAACCCGAAUCACGUCCUCAGUGUCAACAUAAUGAAGACGUGCCUUGCGAGUUACUGGGUCCACAUACACCAACAGAUGCCAAUUUUGCAUCGUCCAACCUUCGUUGCCGAAACUUGCCCGGAUAUUCUCCUUCUCGUGUUAAUAUGUCUGGGUGCAUGUUGUCUGGAACGCACACACCCCCCAGAAACCAACCGCGCUUGCACCGAGCUUGCUUUUUUCUCGGCACGACACAUCCGAUGGGAGAUAUUCACAGAUCCAGAUUUUGAACCUCCCGCCAAGUUGUGGACCUUUCAGACCAUGUUGCUGUUGGAGCUAUUUGAAAAGAUGUACAGCUCGAGAAGGCUACACGAGCGGUCGCACAUUCACCAUGCGACGACUUUGAACGCGAUGCGGCGAGGCUCGUCGCUGGUCGGGCGAUGCGUCAAUGGAGAGGAGAAUCCGACACGCACCCCGCCUGGACCCGGCGGAACGAUCAACACUUCAGGCACGAAUACCGAAGACCCGCACUGGAACUGGUGGAUCACUUCCGAGGCGACAAGAAGAGCUGCGUUUGCCGCUUUCGUCAUCGACUCAACGCAUGCUUCUCUUUAUGGCCACGCAGCUGUCAUGAAUCACAACGACAUUCGAACAUUGCCUUUGCCAUGCAACGAAACGCUAUGGGCAGCUCCCAGCAUGGCCGAUGUGCAAAAGUUCGAAGCGAGUCACGCAGAGAACGGAUUCAAGCCGAUCAACUUCUUAGAAGGUCUGAGGCUCACCUUGGGCGGUAGCAGAGUGCAUACUAAUGUCUUCGGUCGAACAAUUCUUAUGGCAGGACUUCUGAAUGUCAGCUUGCACGUCAAGCAGUACGCACUGCUCACCGGCCUCCUGGGCCACAAUCCAAGCAAUAACACCUCAGGAAAUCAGAGCCCUGUCGUCGCCAAGAAUUGGCCCUUCGUCGUCACUAAGGCCUUUGGGCAUUGGAAGACCGACUUCGACCGAAGCAUGCCCAAGACGCAGGGUCAAGGUCUCCAGAUCAGUGAAGCGCAGAACAACACCGCGUGCCAUCCUGAUCACCACGACAAUGUCUUCGAAUCUGGCUCCUGCCUCGAGACCCUCGCCCACAUGGCAACGCACGUUGACCUAGUCGACUGCGAAGCGUUUGCGGGCGCCAAAUACACGCUCAGUCGCUUCGUCACGGUUUCCGACCGUGCUGUCCUGGAGAACAAAAUGCGGGCUUGGGCGCCACAGGCUCGUGCCCGUGAUGCGGCAUUUUACGCUCUCCGCUUCCUGGCCGAAGUGCUCAUUCCCGUGAAGCAGGAGUUGGAUGCCGAUGUUCCCACUUUCACCUACAGCGCUCGUGACGACUACCUCCUCAAUCGGCCUUGGAUCCUCUACUUCGCCGUCAUGGUUGUAUGGUCGUACGGCUACGCCCUUGACGGCCCGCUCAAAGACAAGUCCGUCCUUGCGACGCUCAACACGCGAGAAGCGCAGAUUCGCGAUAUGCAGUCGUUUCUACGACGAGCGACGGCGUAUACGAAACCGGAUGAUCUGGAGCACAAUUGGAAGGAUCGCAAUGCGUAUUUGGGGUUGUUGAUUCUCAUGAGGGAGUGUCUGAUGCAGUCGAGAUGGGAGCUGCUGCAUGAGGCGAGUUCCAUGUUGGGGAUGUGUAUUGAUAAG